AUGGAAGAAAGCGCUUAUGAUACAAUUUUACAAAAGUUACCUUCACAUGAGAUAUAUGAUGCUUUCAAUAAAGAGGUCACUGAUACUCAAUAUAACAGCCUUUGUAAUAUAUUUAAUUCUGUAAAAGAUGAUUACAAAAAUAAAACUAUUGAUCUUUGUAAAAAAUUUGCAAGAAAUUUAGAAAAUUUAUCUAAAAUAAGUACAUCAGGGAACAAGUACGAUAGUUGUUCCCAUUAUGUGUACUGGGUUUAUGACGAAAUCAGGAAGUUGUUUAAGAAAGAAGCAUCAACUGAUGAUGUUGCAACUAUUAUUAAAAAUUUUAAUAUAUUAAAUACUUCUUUUAUUACUAAAUACGCAGUAUUUAAUUGUAACUAUUAUUUUCUUUAUAAUGACUUGUCAGAAUUGGAUAACAAAAGAGAAGAGAAAUAUUUACAUGAUUAUUUUAAAAAUUAUAGUAGUAUUAAAAGUAGUGCUAACUGUAAAAGUGUUGGAAUUGAUGAUUAUAAAAAGUACCUUAAAGCUGUCACAGAUAUUUAUGAAAGAGAGAAGAAGAAUUGUUGUUUUCAUGGAAUUUCUUUGUGUCAAAGUUAUUUCUUGAAUUGUAGUGAUAAUCUGGAUCCAAGUAAACUCAUAUAUGCAUUAGAAUCUACGAGUGCUGAUUGUAGAAAACUAGACAAUAUAUCUAAUACUGAAACAGAAAAAGAAAAAUUGGAUUCUAGGGAAUUCGAGGAAUUUUUGAAGUCAAUUAAUUUUACUUCAUGUCCUGGUCUAGUUAGUGACGAGCCUUCAACAUCUACUAGAAUAUCUACUUCAGGUGAUGGUAUAUCUUCAGAGAGUAAUAUUAAAACGCAUUCAUGUAGUUUAUUAGGAGCAAAUAUCAAGCCCUCUAUUACUGUGAAUGCAGAUAUAGGCCAGAAAAAAUUAAAACAAUCUGUGGAUCAUUCUUCUAGAGGACAUAUAUCACCAUUAGGUGGAGAUUUAGCAAAUAAUGAUAGUGGAAGGAGAAGGAAUGAAGGGUUUAGUAGUAAUUCUGAAAAAAAAAUUAAUGUUUUUCAAGAAAAAAAUGGAAAAAAUGUUGAUUUAAGAUGGAAAUUAGAUGAAAAAGGAAAUCUACGCUGUCCUAGUGACAAACCAGGGGAAGAUAAAACAGGACUUUGUAUGUACAUGGAAAAAUUGGUUAACCAAGAUAUACUUGUUAGAUUAGAGGAAUAUGGUGGUUAUCGUUUAAAUAAGGGAAAGAAAUGGCCAACAAAAUCAUUAAAAAUAGCUCUUAAAAGUGAUAGGAUAGGACAGUUAGCGAUAAUUAACUCACAGGGAUUAAGAAAUCCUAAACAUCUGCAAGCUUUAAAGGCUCAUCAAGGACUGAUUAGUAAUAUUAAAAAUCCAAAUUACCAAGAACUUCCUAGAAAUUACUCAGAAUCUAAUAUAUUACAGAAUGCUUUUGUGCGUGUGUCUAUUGUAGGUUCUUUAGUAAUGGGAAUAAUUUUUGCGUUUUUCCUUUAUUUUAAAUUUACUCCCUUUGGAUCAUAUGUAGGUAAAAUUAAAAAAAGGAAAAAUAGACAUAGACAUAAUUUAGCAGUUUUACAUACUCAAGGAUUAUCAAAGAGAUUCAUAAAACGAACUUAUAGGCAUUCUAACAGAAGGAGAUUUAGUGUAGUAAAUAUAGAAGAAUGA